UCGAAACACUCGAAACCGAGAUAUAGCAACUACUUUGGGCCAUUGCUGGCCACUACUCCUCUCAAAGUCCCACCCACUCAAAAUCGAAACUUGAUGUCACUCCUCCUAAUAGCCUAGCCGCUCGCUUGCUUGCUGCUUCUCCUUCUCCAUUCAUAUCAUAACCCACUGCACACUCUUGACAAAUCCCUUCUUUCAUUCAUUCCCCUGCCUCUGCAAACCAAAACGUAAAGCUGACGCCUUCUCCUCUUCCCCCUCCUACGUUAACUCUCUCUCUCACUGUCUCCCGUACUCUCCUCUGUCACUUUCACCUUUCCUUCCUCUGCUCCCCCUUCUUUCUUCCUUUCUUCUACUCCUCCUUCUCCCUCACUCCAUUUCCCCCCCCACAACAACAAUUCACAAUGAGAGACAGAGGAAAAGCUCUGGAUUCGACCAACAACAACAACAAUGGCGACUUGUUCUUCCACGACGACUCUGCCGCUUACCUCCCCUGCAAGCGACACCCUUCCUCUUCCCCUCCCGUCGGAAUCUGCCCACACUGCCUCAAAGAGCGCCUCCUCACCCUGCUCUGCUCCGAUUGCGGCGAGCAGCGGCUUUCUUCCUGCUCCUGCGGCGAAAUUUCCCCCAAUCGCGCCUCGCAUUCCAGCAAUUCCAAUCUGGAAUUGGGAAGCGUCGGCCGCGUCUCCUUCCUGAUUGAGAACGAUGCUCAAUCUCAGCCUUCCUGCAGUCUUAAGCGAUCGAAUUCCAGCAAACCGCCGCUGCAGCCUUCGUCGGCGGCUGCAGCGGAAGUUCUGAUCUUGAAGCGGAGCAGCAGCAGCUGCGUGGAGAUCAAGCGCCGGAAAGGCGGGUUCUGGAAAAUCGGGAGGUUCUUCACCAGGAGGUCGAAGGACAAGGUGGGUAGUGGAAGCGGUAACGGAAUUCCGCACAGCGUCGCCGGAAUUGAAGACCGGAACGGCGACCUGUGGGUUCUCGACGGCGAUUACGCGGCUGGUGGUGGGUGCGGCGGGAUGGUUUCGAGGUCGAGAUCGUUGUGCAGCUUCAGGGGCGGCGGCGGCGGAGGUGGGUUUUUCGCGGGGUCGGAGGACGGGACGUAUUCAGGGGCGAGAAGCUCUGUUUCCGGCGCCAGGAGCUCCAUCUCCGCCGCACGGAGCUCCGGGUUCAACGGGCUGGUUUUCGACCCGGACAGGAAAAGCGGGUACAGCGAGUCAGAACCCAGGAAGAGCGGGUUCGAUGUCGUCGAGAAUCAGAAGAGGGAUUACCCGAUUCAGCGGGGUUUCUCGCUCCGCGAAGGCAAUUUCACGACCGCCGUCGACGACUCGGGAUUCAUCGACCUGAAAUUCGACUUCCAGCCGCCGUCGGAUUCGAAGCCGCCGCCGACGGAGGCGGGAGAGUACGGGAUGGCGGGAGGGGAUGGAAACGGCGGGUCUUUUCGGGUGUCGGUGAGUGACAGAGGGAUUAAGCGGAGCCGGAAGAGCUUCAAGAGCUGGAGAUGGAUUUUCCGGCAGCACCACCACAACCACCACCAUCAACAACAUAAUCAUAGUAGUAGUAGUAAUCAUGACAACAAUAAUCACCAUCUGGGUGUGAAAGGGGAACAGAAUAAUGUGGUUAAUUCGAUGUAGAUUUAUUGUUAAUUACAGCAUUAAGAAUCCUCUUUAAUGGGUAUUACUAUAUUGAUCAUGAUGCUGCUUUGGAAUUUCGAAUGUGGCGGUACUUUUUUUUUCUUUGGGCCCGGGAGAGAGCUUUAAAUUGAAGAAAGGAAAAGGGUGACCGGCCGGCCGGCGGCAAAAGCAGCUCGUUCGAAUGUGACACCUUUCUGCGGGGAGAUCGGUUCACUUUUGUGCCCCGUUUGUGAUUUUGCUGUUUCUUUCUCUUUAUUCAGCAAAAUACGAGCCUUUUUGUAUAGUGUCUUUGUGGUGUUGUGUAUGAAGUUCAUUGCAGGCCUGAAACCUGGUCUGAGCUUUGGGCCCAUGGAAUUGUACUGUACUAGACCACCCCAGGCCCAGCCUCUUAAUUCUCUACUAGGAUGGAAAGCCCGUGCUCUAAGCAGGAUUGCUGAAUAAUGUGUGACAACUGACAAGUGAGUAAAAAAAAAAAAAAAAAACACAUUAAAUAAAUUUUACGGUGACUAAUUGAGAGUGACCAACUUCAAACUGUUGAACUAAUUGUAGUGGUCACGAAUGAAAUACAAUAUUUUUA